UCCCACCUCUCUCUCUCUCUCUCUCUCUCUAAGCAUCUGCUUCCAUCUCUCUCUCGCACUCUCCUAGCCGUUCAACCCCCCUCACGCCUUCGCAGAGUCCCUCCAGGAACAAACGCAAUGUCGAGCGACCCAUCUUCGUCUUCACCUUCGACCAGCGCCCUCGCCGUCUCCGCUUCCUCCGCUGCCAAGCGGAAGAGGCCCUCGAAGCUGGAGAUCCCGAACGUCCUGCGGGAGCUCCAGCCCAGCGAGCUCAGGUCCCGGGACCUCGCCCGCCGCGACGGCGACGCCGCCGCCUGCUUCGGCGGGCCCGGGGUCGCGGUCGCGUCGUUCAAGGGCAAGAAGAAGCUCAUGGAGGACGCUUACAAGAUCGCCUCUUCCUUAGAUGGGAACCCAUGUAAAGGUUUCUUCGGUGUGUAUGACGGGCAUGGGGGUAGAAAGGCUGCGGAGUAUGUUGCGGAGCACUUGCACGAGAACAUCCUCGAAAUGAUGGUCAAUGCCGAGACGAAUUCAGAUAAAACAGCAGCUAUCAAAGCUGGGUACUUGAAAACGGACCAAGAAUUCAUGACGCAGGGUUUAAGCAGCGGUGCCUGCUGCGUCACAGCCUUAGUACAAGGCCAAGAUAUUGCUAUUUCAAACUUGGGAGAUUGCAGGGCUGUUCUCUGUAGAGGGGGAAAGGCUGAAACUCUCACGAAGGAUCACAGAGCAGAUAAGGAGGAGGAAAAGCAAAGAAUAGAGGAUAUGGGAGGUUUUGUGGAGAUGCACAGAGGGUCCUGGAGAGUACACGGCAUACUCUCUGUUUCAAGAAGCAUUGGCGAUGCUCAUUUGAAGCAGUGGGUUAUGGCUGAACCUGAUACGAGAAUUCUUCAUUUGACUGUGGAUAUGGAAUUUCUAGUCUUGGCCUCUGAUGGAUUGUGGGAAGAGGUUGGCAACCAGGAAGCUGUCAACAUCGUAAGACGUUCAUGCAUUGCCGAAAAGGGAACCUUGCCAUCGACAGAUCUUGACAAGGAUGAAAAUGAUGAGUACAGAUGUGUUACCUUUCCAUCAACAGAUCUUUACAAGGAUGUAUAUGAUGAGUGUGGAUGUGUCAAUGUGAGCCCUUCAUCAAAACUGCGGAGGAUCUUGUUGCUCAAGCAACAGAAGAGAAUUAAGCAGUCGCCAAGCCACAGAAGACCUCUUGAAAGCUUGAAAGAUGGUGAAAAUGAGUUUUUGGGCGAGAUCAACAGCCCACCAUUGAAAUCGAGAAGAAUAUCAUUAUUUGAGAGAAUAAACACGAAAACCGAAUGCUUAUGUAGUCAAGAGAACAAUGGCGACUGCAACAACGGAUUCUCUUCUGCUGGUCUUGUAGCUGCUUGUACGGAGCUUGCGAAUCUUGCUAUCAGUAGGGGUAGUCUGGAUGAUAUCACUGUGAUGGUCAUAGAUUUGACUCAAUUCAGACGCGACAAGGAUUGGUCACUGUAAGUUUUUCCCUUCAGCCGCACAUAUCUGGAUGCUCUUUCUUUGGGAAUCACACAUACUGCAUUCUUCUCCA